AUGCCAUCACAGUCCCUGUCAAUACCACUGCAGUCCACACCGCAGAUUAUAUACAACUUUUAUUAUAUGAAUGGCGGUAUCCCGACAAGUCUACCAGUCGCACCAACCCAGUCACUGCAACCGGAAUUCAUCACUCGUUCGUCGCCUGCAUGGAACAGGGCAAGUAUUUUGGCUCGUCGCCCCGUCGCAUUGAAGCGCGAGCGUGAAAGACAAGAUGUAUUGGCUCCGGUUGGACGCAUGUCGCAUUUGGAAAGGUUUGCCGUUUCAUCUGCUCAUCCGAUUAAUGAUAGUGGUAAUACAUUUCCAUCUUCAAAUAUCAGCUACAGGACCUCUUUAAACACAAGUUUCUCUGGUGAGACGACGGCAAAGAGGGUGCCCACUGACAAUUACAUUAUGCAAGAUACACGCAACAAGAAAAUUAAUGCUUCGAUUGAAAAAACAACAAUGGAGAAAAUGCCCCCGUCUUCAGGUCAAGGUCCCAAUCAAGGGAUCGUGCGCUCUGGCGGCUUUGUGAGGAGCGGUCCACCGGCCGUGAUUCCCGAGGAUGAUGGUUUUGCACCGAAUGCCGGAAGCGAUGAUGAAGGCCCAAAGAAGCCUUCAAUCGCCUCGGCGCCCCCCAAGCCAUUCUCUCUGGGCACUGGGUCACUGCCAGCAAAACCCGCACCUGGCACAGGCCCCAAUUCUGCGCCCGUUGCCCCGUCGAACCCUUUCAGCUUCGGUAACAGCAGUGGCGGUGCGGCUCCAGCUGACAAGCCCGCUGCCCCGUCGAACCCUUUCAGCUUCGGUAACAACAGUGGCGGUGCGGCUCCAGCUGACAAGCCCGCUGCCCCGUCGAAUUCCUUUGGUGUCGUUGUCAGUAAGGGGUUGACUGUGCAGGGCGGGAACUCUGCGGGCUCUGGCGGCUUUGUGAGGAGCGGUCCACCGGCCGUGAUUCCCGAGGAUGAUGGUUUUGCACCGAAUGCCGGAAGCGAUGAUGAAGGCCCAAAGAAGCCUUCAAUCGCCUCGGCGCCCCCCAAGCCUUUCUCUCUGGGCACUGGGUCACUGCCAGCAAAACCCGCACCUGGCACAGGCCCCAAUUCUGCGCCCGUUGCCCCGUCGAACCCUUUCAGCUUCGGUAACAGCAGUGGCGGUGCGGCUCCAGCUGACAAGCCCGCUGCCCCGUCGAACCCUUUCAGCUUCGGUAACAGCAGUGGCGGUGCGGCUCCAGCUGACAAGCCCGCUGCACCGUCGAACCCUUUCAGCUUCGGUAACAGCAGUGGCGGUGCGGCUCCAGC